CUGCCUGUGGACCUGUCCACGAUAUUACUGUUUUACAGCUUUUAUGUAAUGGUUUUAAAGUAAUGAACUCUUAAGUGCAAACCAAAACAAGUUGUGGGAUCUAAUGGCAGUGUGUGGGUCAUGUGAUCAGCAGAUGAGGUUUACUGUAAUAACAUCCUUCAGAGGAAAGAUGAUGGAUGAACUUCUAUGUUUAUUCAGUGCUUCAUGAAAUCAUGUUUCACUUUCUAAAAAGGUAUGUAAAUAUUUUUUUGAAAGCAUUACAUUAAUUCACAGCAGUUUUGUACUAUUAUUAAACCUCAGUGGUCUCAAAAGCUUUUUUAAAGACUAUAUUUAAUAAUGUUUGCAAGUGUAAAUUGAAAUUCUGAUGGGAAUCAUUACCACACCAUUUGAUUAAAUAUACUCUCAGUGAUCACAUGUUGAUAUAAAUCUCUCUCAACCUUAAUUUAAAUAUUUUUUCAAAUGUUUGCUUAGUGUUUCGUAGGAAUGUCCUGAUAAUUUGGCAUAUUAUUACACUAUCAGUAUAGAAUACUCUGUCUAGAGGAAAGAUUAUACAAAUAAUGUAUCGCUUCCUUUAGUUUUCUGUUAUUAUCGAAUAGCCUGUAUAUUUGUUUUGCAGCAGAUAGUAUUGCUGAAUUGCUGAUGACAACAACAUGUUUCAGUUACAGUAACAGGUGCAACUAUGAUCAGAUAAAAUGAUGAAGAUGUUAGGUUCUAUUUCUGUAUUUUCCAUAACAUUGCACAACCAAGUACAAGUGUUACAUUAUUUCAUAAGUGAAAAGUUCAUCUUUGAAUAUGUUUUACUUUUAAAUUAGGCGUAUUGUGGACUUUUUGUGCCAAAAAGUUUGGUAUUACAUGAUCAUCGUAAUCACAAUACACAUAUAUCCCUAAAUAAUGCACUUUUAUAGGGAUAGCAUUUUUAUUUCAUACAAUGAACGUGAAUGGUGACUGAGACUGGCAUACUGCUUACAUCUUUUGUGUUUUAUGUAGGAAAUAAAGUCAUGCAGGUCUGGAGUAACAUGAGGGAUUUACUGGUGACAGAAUCUGUACAUUUUUGGGUGAACAAUCCUUUAAUGAUCUGAGUGUAUUUGAUUGUUUAAUCAUAUGUGAUGUAUGUUUUUUCUCUUUAGCUUUCCUGCUAUGGAGAUUAAUGGUGAUGCAUGAUUUCUACUCACUGAACAUCAACACAAGUCAUUUUGAGAAGGCAACCAUCACUAAAAAAGUGGCUUGUGGACAUUGAGAAACUAAAGAGAAUGACCUAUUAUUGAAAUUCACAAAGAGCUGAACCUGUGAAGACAACAAUUUGUUGCACCUUGCAGAGUCUGCCAAAACAACGAAUGAUGAAAAAGUUUCAUGACAUUCAAACCACCAUUUAAUCGCAUCCCCUUAAAUCAUUAGUUUAACAGUGAAUUGUGGCACUUUAAUCUUUCAAAAAUGACUGAAAAUAUGUAUGAGGCAAACCAGUUCACUAACCAUACCAACGGAACCUAUUUGUUGGGUACGCCUCACUAUGGUGUACCUAACAUAAACUCAAUUCAGUCAUCUCCAAUGUCCCCACGUCUCAACCACGAGCAAUUAGCAUCUCCUGUCACACCAGGAAAUGAACAUUCUCCAAUGCUUGACAUGCCAGGCAGUGCUGUGACUUGGGAUUAUAAUCAGUUUGGAAGGCCUGCCCCCUCAUCAUGGGGUUCCUCCUCUCAGGACGAACUGUCUGAGACCUCUGGUUCCUCUCAAAUCUAUCCUUAUAACUCUACAUUGACUUCCAAAUACAAUGAAAAUGCUCAAUAUCCUCAAAUGUUGGAUUCAUUCUCAAAGGCCUUUCCAACAAAGAACCUUUACCUUUUCUUUGGUGACAGUAACAGUACAGUUGAAAAGAACUCAGAAAAUAAUCACAUUUCAGGGGAUUUGCAGUUACCUCAAAGAGAAACCUUUUCAAAUGGGAUGGAUAGACAACCCUUGGAGUCUCCUAUUUUUAAUCCAAUGGCCACUGAAGCUCAAACACAUUCAAUAUGUGAUCAUUCAGGGUUCCGUCCACCAGACAGCCCAAUGCAUGGUCUUUACCAAAACCACCAGCAGUUUAAUUAUGCGUACCAGCAACACAAACCAAAAGUAACCAACUUGGAGCAGGUCAACAGGGGUCUCCAUGAGCCACAAAGCCCUUGGCAUCAUCAGCACGGCUAUCAAGUCCAUCAAAGUCAUCUAAUGUCGUAUCCAAUGGCCUUGAAUCAACAACAACAGCUUAAUUUACAACAUAGAGGAACGUUUGCAUGUAAAACUCAUCUAAACUCUCAGGAGGACCAUGAUUCUUCUCAAUCACCAACGUAUGGCCACAACCAAGACUUUAAGACUCCAGAGCAGCAGACUUUGCAAGAUAGUCAUAGCUUGAACCUUCUAUCUCCACAUUAUCAGGACCUGCAACACAGUCACGUAAUUUCCCAUGAAAACGGUCCUUACCAACACCAGCAGCCUCAGGGCCACUUCCAAUCAGUUUCUCUAAAGCAAAGCAGCAUGUUUGAUGAUGGUCAUUUGGCGUCGUUUGACAAACACUCCUCUGCACCCAACACACCAGUUUAUUCUAGUCCCCAAGAAGAUGGCCAGUCUGGUUUAAACUUCCCCAGUAGGAAUGAAGAUCUUUGCAGUCCACAUUAUCAGAGCAAGCAUUCAGGGGGCAGUAAAGGCGUUCCACAGACGACUAUAAGGGGAGAUAUUUUUACUCAUCUAACCUCGCAUACACCUCACUGGCCACAGGCAACUUCACCCGAUACUCAUGCUGAAGGCAUUUCACCACAUUACAGGGCCGAAACUGGGCUGAUGAGUGGGGAGAGAUCACACACUAAGAUGACUUGCACCGUCUGUCAGAGGGAAUUCAAGAGUCUUCCAGCCCUGAACGGCCACAUGCGCUCCCACAAAGGAUGCAGAACACAUCAGUCAUCUCUCAAAAUGAGAAAUGGACAGAUUCAUCUGUCUAGCGAGGUUUCUCAAAUCAACCCCAUCAUCUUACCGGUGUCUGUUCCGGUAAAGGAUUGCCUAGUCAACUCCAAACUUACUCUCAGUCCGCAGUGUCACCAGAAAGAAGAUGACCCAAAUGCCUUAAUUAAGUCUUGUGCACAGCCACCCCUCCCUUCUGUGCAAAACCAACCUUCCUGUAUAAAGAGAUCAGUGUUGGAUGAAGAACGUGUACCAAAGCAGGAGAAGAAAAGGUACCGUUACUGUCUGGUUCCUUUAAUAAUUCCUCCACUCAGCGGCGGUCAGGCGUCCAGAGGUGCUGUGCUCUUCCGGAGUCAGCUGCGGUCAGCGAGCAGCACGGGAGAUGAAGUGCCCUACACCCCUCCACCCAUGCUCAGCCCUGUACGCCCCGGGUCAGGCCUCUUCACUGCAGUCAAUGGAAGGGGCAAGAUUGGGAGGGCAGAGUCUGCCAUAAAUGUGUUCCCCUCUCCAGCUAGUGAUAUGGACGGCUUUGCGGUGACUUCAGCGGACAAAGAAAUGAAUGUAAAACCUCGGAUAAAUAUUGGCAAAGAAUUUCAAGCCAACAUCCCGGAAAUGAAGAGUCAGUCCAUUACAGAGAAAGAUACCCAUAAUGCUGUUCUUUUAUGGAUGCCCACUGAAGACCUGGAGAACACAGACAACCAGCAGAAAGUGGACAAUCUUUUGAAAAUGGCUCGCUCUAGUGUUCUACCAGGAGGGGGAAUUAACACUGAAUACGUCCUCCAUUGUCUUUUUGAAUGCAGAGGAGAUAUUAUGAAUACCCUCGAAAGACUUCUCUUGCCAGUGCUAUGGAAAAACGGAUCCAGCGUUAAAACAGACUAUCAUUACGCAGGCUCAGAUAAGUGGACUCUUCAAGAAAAACGGCAGCUGAACAAAGCACUUUUAAUUCAUCACAAAGACUUCAAUCUAGUCCAGAAAAUGGUCAAGACGAAGUCAGUUUCUCAGUGUGUUGAAUACUAUUACACAUGGAAGAAGCGCUUGCGUCUGGGUGCAAGAGUUAAUACAACUAUGACUACACCUGUUCAGAAACGACAGGGGGACUGGGCGAUAAGCAACACCGCACAACCAGACAAAGAAGCCAAGUGCCAAACCAGGAACUCUGAAAUAUCGGACAACUCCAACACUUUGUUUGUCAGUGAGGUGUCAAAUGCUCAGAUGAAUGGAGAAACGUGGAACCAGAACAAUCUCGGGCUGCUCUGUAGCUCUCCAGCAGAACACAGAACUUCAACUUUGACAAAGGUGUUGUGUUCAGGUUCUGUGAGAAGCUCUUUUUCCAACAGCACCACCAGUGGAGAUACCGAUUCAGCCCUCAUAUUUCCCUGCACCGAGUGCGGAAAGGUGUUUUUAAAGGCUAAGAGUCGAAAUGCCCAUAUGAAGACACAUCGUCAGCAGGAAGACACGCAGUUGGUGAAGUUUCCCAGGGUUCCUGAACAAGACACCACUAAAGCAACACAUAAGCCUUCAUUCUUUACCUUGUGAUGGUAUUGCAGAAGUAAAAAGAUUACCUUUAAAUGACAUGGAGUCUGUCCAGGAAAUGGAUUGCCAUCUGAAGAACCUUAGAGUCCACUGGACUAAAUGACCCAAGUUUCAGCUCACUGAAAACACAGUAAACUGUAGCAAGUGAAACAAACUGUUUUAUAUAAAUGGCAUAACCACUUGUAUAUUAAAACUGAGUAUAUCUUCUUUGGUGUAAAAAGUACAUAAUGCUUUUUUUCUGCUUUGAAUCUUCAAUAUCUGUGCAUUAUUUGACUUUGUAUCAUAUUUCAUUUUUAAUAAACCACCAUGAUGCUUAGUGAUUAUGAAACAUUCUCACUUUUACAAUUUCUCUCACAAUUGUUACAUCAGACUUUUAAUUAUGGAUGCUCGUUACAUUUAAUAUCCAUGCAUCAAGACAUGUCUGGUUGACAUGACCCUAAACCAGCCUAAUAAUGCAAGACUUCCUUAAGACCAACUGAUCGACUAGUCGAUUUGGAAAAUAUGUAGUUUGCCCAUGCCUAUACUGCGAUGUAUAUGUACACAUAAAGAUGUGUGAAACAGUAUGCAACAAGAUUUUCAAACAUGUUACAUGACCACUACAAGUGUUUAAUGUGCACAGUAUAAAUGCUGUAUAUAGUCAGUACAAGUAGUAUGGUCUAAUUGUGAAAAAGACAGAAAUGAUGUAAGAGUAUAACAUAUCUUUCAUUCUCUUUGAGGUAUAAAAUAUAGAAUGUGCUUUGUUUAAUCUGCUUAUCUGAAUCCUCUUGUACACA